AUGGCGGCCACCACUCGGAUCAAUCCCUUACGGUCCUACAUUGGCAAGGGCGCCAAAGCCAACGUCCAGAUCAAGGCCCACCCCAAGUCAACCUUGGUUGCGGGAGCAGCGACCACCCAAGCGGAAGAAGGCGACGAGUACGCAUACACUUCUGCGGACGAUUUGAGCGACAAUCCAUAUUUACUGGAUUUCCUCAUCGACCGAAAGUAG